AUGAUAAAGGUCAGUAACGGUGUGGAAGAUUCUAUUAAAUCCAUGACAAACCUUAGAGUGAGGAUGCCUGAUGAAGCCGACGCAGUCGCAAAUUUGUCUGGAUCGUCUGGUUCCACUGGACCACCUGCAAGACCGUCUGGGUCAACCGAACCGCCUAUCGCUACAUCCGCUGGUCCUUCUAGUUCGUCUUCUGGAACGUCUUUCUCUUCUCCGCCUCAGGUGUUCUUGUCGUAUAACUGGGAUAUACAGCUUAAAGUAGCACAGCUGAAGGAAAGACUCGAGCAGAGGGGAAUAACUUGCUGGAUGGAUAGACCGAACGUUGGCCUUGGAGACGAAUUGAGAGGAACUAUUGCACAUGGCAUAACAAAUUGCAAGAUGCCAACGUCCCCGCGGUGUCUGCUUACAUUCGUAGACAGUGAGUGCCACGGUCGUCUACAAAAGUUGGAUUCCUCCCUUUCGUUUCUUCUUGGGGCCGACGCAGUCGCAAAUUUGUCUGGAUCGUCUGGUUCCACUGGACCACCUGCAAGACCGUCUGGGUCAACCGAACCGCCUAUCGCUACAUCCGCUGGUCCUUCUAGUUCGUCUUCUGGAACGUCUUUCUCUUCUCCGCCUCAGGUGUUCUUGUCGUAUAACUGGGAUAUACAGCUUAAAGUAGCACAGCUGAAGGAAAGACUCGAGCAGAGGGGAAUAACUUGCUGGAUGGAUAGACCGAACGUUGGCCUUGGAGACGAAUUGAGAGGAACUAUUGCACAUGGCAUAACAAAUUGCAAGGUGUUUAUAAGUUGCCUAACAAAGAAGUAUUGCUACUCGGACAUGUGCCAACGUGAAGCCAAACUGGCCAGCGAGCGCAAGAAGCACAUUGUACCAUUGCUGUUUGAAGAUUUGGGUUCGUGGCCGCCACAAGGUAGCCUUGCUUUGGUGUUUACCGACACCCUUUACCUUAAGCUGCCGGAUGGCGUGCUUACCGACAUAAAGUUCGAAGAACUUUUAAAAAAAAUUGAGGAGGUUGUUUACUCCUAGAGCGAAUAAUGCUUUUCUUUACAAUAAGGAGAGCGGAGGAAACCCAGAUAUGAGCUAUAACUCAUCCCGUAUUUUGGAUUAAUUUCCUUUUUUUUAUCUUCAAUAUUUCCCUAAUUGUUGCUACAUUUGUUGCCUUUUUUAAUCAAAGAUGUAAACUUAAGUUUACGCCAACCUGCUAAGAUUGCAAAUGAUGUUUGCGAAAAAGCGAUGAGUGACUGCGUCACGUUCUGUGUAUUUGCACUAAGGAAUUCUUCCUACAUGUUAGUUUCCAAGAAUAUUCCUAUUGGAGUCUUUCGGCUUCUUAAGUGUCCCCAAAAAAUUUACUCGUGAAACAACACUCAAGCAAGAAGAACACAAAUUCCGGCCCUGAGCACACUAGUACGUUUUCAAUCUUCGUUUUCAUGUAGGAGAAAACGAAGCAAAUGUUUCUGCCCACACGAGCGUUAUCAUAGCGUUUUCACUUGUCUAAACCAAAACGUCCCAAAACGAGAGGGACCUGUAAUUCCGCAUGCGUAAGAGCAACCACAUCCGUUAUUUUUUUGACACCGUUGUCAAAAGUCUCCGUUGUCACCUGUCCCAUAUCAAACUUUAGGCUAGAUUCGGUCAGACAAUAGGGCUCAAAAGCACAUCUUUUAUGGUCAUUUUCUUAUUUUGAGGGGAUUAAUUAAGUUCUUUUGUUAUGGGCAAAAGAGCUUGAAUUGUCGACUCUACGCCGAAUGCCUGAGCGCGAAAUUUGAAAUAAUCGGAAAUGGCUUAAAUGAAGAACCUAAUUUGCUUCCGUGGAGGAGUAAAGGAGUUUUCCUUUUUUAGCGACAACUCCUUGCUUACCGGGUGACGGAGUAAAAGUUUGUGUAGGCACAGAGGGGAAGGAGUUUAACUCUACGACAUGAUAGCGAUUCAAAACUCUGGCACCUUCGCGCUAUAAUCGCUGAAAUAAAGCUGGGAUUACACGAUUUA